AUGCCAUCGAGGGUGCAAAAGAUACAGAAACCUUCUUCGUGUAGCGAAGGCCUCGAGAUGUAUUCUGGGCUCAGUACCAGGGUCAUGAAUCCGGGUCUUGGCCGUCGGUUCUCGCCAGACAGCUCACAGGUGGGUCUGGCUCGGGACAAGACAAUUCGAUUGUGGGACGCAGCAACUGGUCAGGCUGUGGGAGAGCCACUCCGAGGUCAUGAAUUGGACAGCUCACAGAUUGUGUCUGUCUCGGACAAGACAAUUCGAUUGUGGGACGCGGCAACUGGUCAGGCUGUGGAGAGCCACUCCAAGGUCAUGAAGACGGCUCUGGUUGUGUCUGGCUCAGAGGACAAGACAAUUCGGUUGUGGGACGCGGCAACUGGUCAGGCUGUGGAGAGAGCCUCCAGCAUGGGUGUGUCUGGCUCGUCCGACAAGACAAUUCGAUUGUGGGACGCGGCAACUGGUCAGGCUGUGGGAGAGCCACUCCCAGGUCAUGAAGGUUGGCUCUGGAAUGUGUCUGGCUCGGAAGACAAGACAAUUCGAUUGUGGGACGCGGCAACUGGUCAGGCUGUGGGAGAGCCACUCCAAGGUCAUGAAUCCACGGUCCUGGCCGUCGGAUUCUCGCCAGACGGCUCACAGACAAUUCGAUUGUGGGACGCGGCAACUGGUCAGGCUGUGGAGAGAGCACUCCAAGGUCAUGAAUCCAGGUCUUGGGCCAUUGUGUCUGGCUCGGACGACAAAGACAAUUCGUUGUGGGACGUGGCAACUGGUCAGGCUGUGGGAGAGCCACUCCAAGGUCAUGAAUCCACGACAAUUCGAUUGUGGGACGCGGCAACUGGUCAGGCUGUGGGAGAGCCACUCCAAGGUCAUGAAUCAGGUCUGGGCCGUCGGAUUCUCAUGAACGCUCUGACAAUUCGAUUGUGGGACGCGGCAACUGGUCAGGCUGUGGGAGAGCCACUCCAAGGUCAUGAAUCCGGGUCUUGCCGUCGGAUUCUCGCCAGACAGCUCACAGGGUGUGUCUGGCUCGUCGACAAGACAAUUCGAUUGUGGGACGCGGCAACUGGUCAGGCUGUGGGAGAGCCACUCCAAGGUCAUGAAUCCACGGUCUUGGCCGUCGGAUUCUCGCCAGACGGCUCACAGAUUGUGUCUGGCUCGUACGACAAGACAAUUCGAUUGUGGGACGCGGCAACUGGUCAGGCUGUGGGAGAGCCACUCCAAGGUCAUGAAUCCACGGUCUUGGCCGUCGGAUUCUCGCCAGACGGCUCACAGAUUGUGUCUGGCUCGUACGACAAGACAAUUCGAUUGUGGGACGUGGCAACUGGUCAGGCUGUGGGAGAGCCACUCCAAGGUCAUGAAGGUUGGGUCUGGGCCGUCGGAUUCUCGCCAGACGGCUCACAGAUUGUGUCUGGCUCGGACGACAAGACAAUUCGAUUGUGGGACGCGGCAACUGGUCAGGCUGUGGGAGAGCCACUCCAAGGUCAUGAAUCCACGGUCUUCGCCGUCGGAUCCUCGCCAGAUGGCUCACAGAUUGUGUCUGGCUCGGACGACAACACGAUCCGAUUAUGGAAUACAGAAACUGGUGCAAAAGCGAAUACCUCCAACCAGGGUGAUAAAGAGUCCGUAUAUUCAGGUCUCAGCGAAGAUCUACAGGACACUCCGCUCCGAAUCGUUGUGCCUGGAUUCGAUCAGUGCUCACUUUCGCUCGAUGGUUGGGUACAUUCUUCCGGCAAACGUCUCUUCUGGGUCCCUCCAGACAAUCGACGGGGACUAAAGUAUCCGUACCGCCUGAAUUCCGACCAGCGCUCCAUUCCGUGUGACGAAGCUUGA